UCUAGGUCUCACCGCUCAUGUACGCCACUACCGUCGAAAAAAUGCCCUUCAUUAUCAUCUCAAAAGUAGCUUCUAAUUGAACAUCUAAUCUUCACAAUACAUUUCAUUUCAUGCAUUAAAUACGACGCCAAACAGUAAUGCCGACAAGAACAAACAGGGGUUCACUCGAGUAAUUUCAAGGAGCUGUAAAAAUUGCUAGUACAACACAAUAUACUGCAUACACAUCAUAGUCACAUUUGUUAUAGUAUCGUGAAUUACUCACCAAACCGAACGUGUCAUAAUCACAGUUGUUUUGGCAAUUAGAAGAAGAUUGAUCUUGAACGAGUGCCCGUCAUUGAUAAGCUUCAUUAAGAAUGGUCAAAAUGGAACAUGAAGAUGGUAAAAAUGAACCUGAGCACGUCCGCAAGCUUUUUAUUGGUGGUCUUGAUUACCGCACUACAGAUGACUCUCUCAAAAAACAUUUUGAGCAGUGGGGAGAAAUUGUAGAUGUAGUGGUGAUGAAAGAUCCGAAAACAAAAAGAUCAAGAGGUUUUGGUUUUAUUACCUAUUCUCGUGGCCACAUGGUUGAUGAUGCCCAAAAUGCAAGACCCCACCGAGUCGAUAAUCGAGUAGUUGAACCCAAAAGGGCAGUCCCCAGGCAAGAGAUUGGACGACCUGAAGCUGGAGCAACGGUUAAAAAGCUCUUCGUUGGUGGCUUGAAAGAUGACCACGAAGAAGAGGAUUUAAGACAAUAUUUCCAAGUAUACGGAAGUAUAAAUUCAAUUAGUGUCGUCACUGACAAAGAGACUGGAAAAAAACGAGGAUUUGGGUUUGUUGAGUUUGAUGAUUACGAUCCGGUUGACAAAAUUUGUCUUCAAAGAAACCAUCAGAUCCGUGGGAAACAUGUUGAGGUCAAAAAGGCCUUAAGCAGAGCAGAAAUGGCAUCAGCGUCUGGAGGUAGUGGUGGUGUCGGCGGUGGUGGUAAUGGCGGCGGCGGUAGUGGGAGCGGAGGUAGUAAUAGUAGUAACCGCGGCGGUCCAGGUAAUACUCGCGGAGGCCAAGGUGGUGGCAGAGGUCCUCGUAGUAGUGACGGUGGAAGUUGGGGUGUUCGUGGAGGAGGUAGUAAUGAUUGGAAUAACGGUGGUGGAAAUCAAGUGGGUGGGGGCAAUCAAGGUGGAGGUUAUGUUGGUGGAAAUCAAGGAUGGGGAAGUGGCAACGGACCAUGGGAUAGCCAAAAUCAAGGAGGAGGAUGGGGAGGCCAAGGUCAGGGUUCAUACAACAGUGGAGGAAACUGGAGCAAUGAUAACUUCGGUAGUGGAUACCAACAAGGUUAUGGCGGCGGACCAGUUAGGAACAAUUUCAACUCCGGUGGACGGCCGGCACCCUAUGGUAGUAGUAUGGGUCCAAGUGGUCGACAAUCUGGAGAAUCGAGGUGGAUUCCUCAAUUUGGUGGACAAGGACCGAUGACCGGAAACUCUGGCGUCGGUGGUGGCUAUGGAGGUGGAAAUCAAGGUGGUUAUGGCGGGAAUAUGGGAGGAGGUGGCGGCAACAUGGGCGGAGGAGGUGGAAGACGAUACUAAAAAUCAACAGAACAACUCUCUUGAACGGUGAUCCCCUACUACUUGUCUUCUAGUCACACCGUACAAUCUGUUUAGUUGAAGGAGCAGGCAGGCAGGGCUAGACAGGACAUGGCAGGACAAUCAGGAUACUGGCCAAAGUGUGAACGAAGUCAUUCAGCCCUAGUUGUAUAGUUUGCAAUUGGGGGAAGGUUUAAUAAAAUAGAAAAAUUUCACUGUAUAGACAUUUUGUAGCAUCAAGACAAAAAGAAGAAAAAAAUAUCGAAAAUUUGAAUGACCAAUUUAUGGGAAAUCCAUCAUAUAAGUAUGUUAUGUUUUAUAUAAUAAAACCAAAAGUAAAGAUAAAUCAGCUUGGAUUCGAUUGAGGGAUUAACGAUUUAUCUAAUAUCAUUAAAUGCAUGUCAGGGUUUAUGUUCAUGCGUUUUGUAUUGUUCAAGAUCAAUAGGUGUGAUUGCUGAAUAGAAGUGCAUUUCAUAGUAAGAAUAUCGAUUUUUUUUACACAGACGAACCGUUCGAAGAGUAUGUUGAUAAUAUUUAAUAUUUAGCAAAUAAUAAGAUAAAAAGCAAACUGAGGAAAAUAAAAACAAAUAAGUAAAAACAGAUUACAUACAGUUGAGCGGCAUUUUUUGUAUCGGUGUCUAAUUUAAGCAUUCAAUCACUGAUAGUGUUAUAGUUGUAUGGUGUAGAUUAAUAUAUACUUAUAAUAUAUCGUUAUAUAUUAUGAUAUAUUAGUAUUAUACGUAACUAGUGGGUGUAUUGGCUAUGUAGUUCAAUCGAGUGUCAUAUGCGGUGCUCGAAGCUACAACGAGAGAAAAGCCUCGAGUGAGGGCUGAGAGUGACGCAGAUGGCACGAGAAAACUACACCAAUGCAUAACGAGUCACGUAGUUUAAUAUAUGUAUAUAUAUAUAACAUUUAGUGAUAAAAAAAUUGUGAAGAGCUAAGCAAAGAAGUUGAAAGAAAUUUAAUUAAAAAAAGAAAUAAAGCAAGCAUGAUUUGUAUUCUUGACGAUAGUAAACGCGAUUCAAUACAAUUUAAAACAAGAAAUAAAAGCCUCUAAAAAGACAACCACUUUAAAAACAGAAAUCUA